UACACUGAUGCGCGUACUAAUCCAACCAAGCUGCCUUAGUUAGCUUGCCGUCGAUAUACUAUACAUUUUGUGAAGAUGCACACGGGUCGUCUUCUUCCUCUCCUUCUCCUCCUGCUCGCCGCCGCCGAUCGCUCGCUCGCCCUCGGCAUCUUCGGCGCGCCGCCACCGUCCAGCGACCAAGACUCCUCGUGCAGCCGAACGUGCGAGUCAGUGUACUGCUCGGGUACCAUAGAGGCUCCGUUGAUGCGGUACGGCAAGUACUGCGGCGUGUCGUACACCGGCUGCCCGGGCGAGGCCCCCUGCGACGCCCUGGACGCCUGCUGCAUGCUCCACGACGCCUGCGUCCAGGCCACGGACAACGACUACCUCAACAUGUGGUGUAACCAGAGCCUGCUGGACUGCGUGGCGGCGGUGGGGACGGCGGCAUCAUCGGCGGCGGCGGCCGGCGGCGCCGCCGUCGUGUGGGCGACGUUCGAGGGGAACCGGUGCAACGUGACGGACGUCGCCGACGAGAUCACGGCCAUCCUGGAGGCCGCCGUGUACGCCGAGAGGAUCCUGCAUCACAGGAGCGCGCCUUAAUUUGCUUAAUUCACUUGUGUUUCGUUUCUGGUUGAAGUUGGCGGCUGUCCGGCCUAGAAUUAGGAGAAGUUUGGUGGAGGUGGCUCAGCAAGCUGAUGCGUGGUGGCUUGCGAUUUGUGCAAGUCAGAUCGAUCAUUCAGGCCUACCCGAUGAACAUUCACAUUUUAGCAAAAGAGUGUGAGUUGAACUUCGUGCUAAUUAAUCAAGAGCUCAGAAAAGAGGUGCUCCACUUCGUGUAAA